UGCCAAUAUAAAGGUAUUCGGACCUUGGGAGCUAUAUGGACAAUUUGAAUAAUAGUAAUUAGACUUCGAAUAAGCUAGUUGAAUACAUUGAUCAGUAGAGUUCUUUGGAGUAGGGUAUUUGAGUAUAGUAAAAUGGCUAACAUGGACGAAUUUGAGAAGGACUUCGCCGGAGAAUGGAAAUGGGAGAGCGAAGAAAACGUGGAUGAAUUAUGCAAACACAUGGAACUCUGCGAAGAGGACAAGAAGAUGAUGACAAGCAUGCAUCCGUCCAUGAUCAUCAAGCGUUGCGGAGACUCGUAUGACUUGACGUACAAAGACGCCAACUUCAGCUUCUCCAGUACCGUCACUUUUGGCGUCCCCUACGAGGCUAAGGCUCCCAACGACCCUCCUUUCUUCCACAACAUCAUCACCAGCACGUUCGAGAACGGUGUCUUGCACGAUGUAAGUGUCAGCAAGCUGACCGGUGAGAAAAAGCGAGACUUCGAGUUAGAGUCGAAGAACGUCGAUGGGAAACUUGUAGUGCAUGAGUGGAAGAAAGGGGACCCCAGUGUGAAGGCCAGACGGACGUACGUCAGAGUCUAACCAGAGAGAUCAACAAACCUUACGCAGCAUUGUUCUUUUGAACUGAUUAUGUAUUCGUUCACUUAAUUGAUAAGUUGCAUUUACUCAAUUCUUAGAAUACUCUUAAAAUGGUACGUAGCUGACACUUCAUGUCAAUUCAAGCAGUCAUGUUUAUGUUUGUUUGCAAUAAAUCAUUGGUACAUCUAAAACUGUA